AUGCUUAGAGUAGCAUUGAAGCCAUUAACCACUUAUCGUGGGUUUCAUUUCACCAGGGUCACCCCAGCGUUCAAACAAGUGAUCGAGGAAGAUAUUAGAUACCUUAUUGAUUCAUUACCUCCAGCUUCAAAAUUAUACCAAAAUGCUGAUGGUACACCAAGAGAACCUACUGAUUUGGAAUUACAUAAAUUAGCUCAUCUAUCUGUAUUAAAUGAAAAAAGAAAAUUAACUUUAUGGGAUUAUUUAAGAUUAUCAAAAACAAAUUCAAAAUUAUAUGCUGAUAAUUAUACAGAUAUUCAAAAUUUAUUGCCAAAUUCUGAAAAUGGUGCAUCUGGUAAUAUAAUUGAUAAGAUCCCUUAUGAAGAUGAAAAAGGUUUUGUUAAAUGGCGUAUUGUUAGAGAAAAUGAAAAAGAAGGAUGGGAAGAUCUAACUCGUUGGUUAUUAAUCCCAGGUUAUUUAUUAUUCAUGGCUGUUUAUUUAUUCAAAGAUGAUAAAGGUGUUGAUCAAUGGGCUGAUGAUGAAUUGAGAUUAAGAGCUCUUGAAGAAACAGAAGGGGAAGAAGGUGCUAAAGAAUUGUUGAGAAAUGAUAAUAAAACUCCUGAAGAAAUUAAGAAGAGAGAUGAACUAAUCGUGGAGAGAAUCUUGAGUGGUGAAUAUGAUAAAUUAUCUGGAUUAAAGAUUAAAGAGCCAAAAUUGCCAAUGUUGAGUGAUAUUACACCAUCUACAAAUUGA